AUGUUACUAUUUAUUGGGAUAUUAUGCCUGAUUUAAGAAGUUAGAUCAGCCAUAAGCACAAUAACUCAAACACUCAAUCCAACUCAAUAGCAAUUCAAUUAAUAGUUAAAUUUGACUUACCUCCAACAGUAUAUAUAUAUUACUGCUGAAUUCAAAUACGUUCCGUUGUCCUACUAAUAUUACAACAAUUUCCAGUCCGACCAAAAUAAAUAUAUUAUAUUUUCUUUGACCUCAGAUAAAUCCAUUGCAGUCAAUGCUUACCUAACAAUAGAUUCAGCUUUUAAAAUAUGCAUGGAAUUGCAUUUGAUCAAUGAUGUAACUUAAACAAGGACUUUGGGCUUAUUUGAAUUACCCCAAGAUCCAUUGUUGAUUGAAGGCAAUUGGUUCACCUUGGAAUUAAGAAACAACAUGGCUCUCAAGUAAGUCAACGUCACAUGUUAUCAAAAUUAGAAUAUGACAAAUUUCCUAAACAAAAUUUAUUCAGGAUUUAACAUCGAAGUAUCAGAAUAAUUGGAAUUGUAAGCUGGAAAGACAUAAGAUGUAUGAAUAAUCAAUAAAUCAUAGAUUGGGCAGUAUUACAAUUUAUUCUUUCAGGGACCAAUCAGAUUGCAGGUUUUGGAUAAGAGUAGCAAGUUUAGUUCUUAGAGUAUUUCUUGCACAUAUAACUCCUAUUAUGAAAUUAUGUCUUUAAGAACCUUCGAUAAGACACAUUUUGAAACCCAUCAAAUUACUUCCAAUAUUAACAAAUGCUUUGGAAUAGGCACAUGGAUUAAGGUGAAUAAGACUAAUGAAUAUGAUAAAGUUAAUGUACUAAAAAUAUUAGCAAGUCCAAAUGCCAAUAUUGGUGAUUAAAAUGAAUUGAUUAACUUAUAAUACUAGAUUUAUAAAGAUUUAACUUCAAUUCAAUUAGAUUGCCAAUCAUAUACGUUCCCUGUAAUUUCAACUAAUACUAUUAACUCAAUCCAAAAACCCCUUCAUUUUUUAAUCCCAAAAUCACUGAAUGAGUGGCAUCACUUAUCUAUUGCUUAUCGACAGAACUAAAUUUCUAUAUCACUGUCAUUUCCUUAACAACCUCAAGACAAUGUUGUGUUAAUUUUGGACUAAGUUUACUUAUACUCAGAUACAAAUCAAACUAUAUUUUUUGGAGGAUAUAUCAAAGAUUAAACCCACUAUUAUAGUAAUACACAGGGAUAAUUUAAUUAAUUAAGGUAUUAUUCAAGGUUGGGGAGUGCCUCUCCUCUUCCAAUAUCAUGCCAUAUAAAUUGCCUAACUUGUUUUGGCCCUUAUUCAAAUUAAUGCUUGAGUUGUUAGGCAUCUAGAAACAGGGAUUAUUAUGUGGAAACCAAUCAAUGCUUAUGCAGAACUGGAUAUUUGGAGGUCGGUUCUAGUUCAUGCAUCGAUGGGUAUCCUUAAAGAAAAGAGAAACUAAUACCGUUGUCUCUUGAUCCAAGAUACGAUAGCGAAUAUCCUAAUGUAGUUUGCUCCUUUGGAUAUUUUAAAUAUGAGAAUGUUUGUUAUCAAUGGUAAUUUAUUUGUUCUAUUGCUAUAUGCUAGUCCAAAAGUCAAUAGAAAAUAUCCAUGCUUUCUUUGUCUUGCAAAUCCUAAUAGUUGGGUUUACGAGCCAAAAUGUCUAAAAACUUAGGUUUAAAUAGAUAUGAAUGAUGAUAAUUCUCCAUACAAACCUAAUGAUAACCUUGUGUAAUUAUUGGUUUUCUAGGAUGAUUAAUAUGAUGUUUAUGUUUUUCAAGAUUUCGAGCUGAUUUUGUGUGAAUAUUGUAGCUAGUUAUGUUUAACCCUACCUUUUUUCGCAAGUUGCUAUUUAUCUCAAUAUUUACACUUGUCCAAUCCAACUUACAUUAUUUGUCAACUCAGAAGUUAUUUCAUCGAUGGCAAAUGUAAGAGACCGUUCCUUAGUUGUUCAGCUGGAUUACUCUAUUUUAGAGAAUAUGUAUGCAACUCUUUUGAUGUUCAAUAAUCACCAAUAAAAAAUUGCUUAUCAUUUCCGUAUGGUAAAUGCAAUGCAUGUGAAGAUAACUACUUUUAAUCUUAUGAUUCAGAUCUUUGUUUGCCUUGUUCAAUUCAGAAGUGCAAAUUCUGUUUCGAAUAUUAUGAGGAUGAUGUAAGCUAUAUUUCACUUAUUCAUUUUAACAAAUAAAUUAGCAGGGAUCAAUUAGUCACUGGUUGUGCCUAAUGUUAUCAAGGCUAUUAAUUUAAUUUUGUUACUGGCAUUUGUGAGAUUGUUUAACAAAAAGAUACCAAUUGCUUAAACUAAUACAUUAAUUUCGAUGGAAAUGCCGUUUGUUAUGAGACUGCGACAGAUGAUUUUUCUAAAGGAACUUUGAUCCAUAAUUGCCAGCAGUAUUUGCUCAAUUGUAAUAAGUGCAUUCAACCAGCUUCUAAUUAAUAUUAUUGUGGAGAAUGUCAAAAGGGCUAUUAUUAUAAUAGGUUAAAGGGUAUCUGUUUGAAAUGCUCUUCUUAUAAUAAAGUCUAUACUGAAUGUGCAACUUCUUAUGUUACUCAAAAGGAUGAACGAUUCAGUUAAAUACUAGGUUUUGCUUUCUAAUUCUCAGGGAUAUAUCCAGUCAAUUUGUUAGAAGAUAGUGCAUCUGAGAGUCUGUAUCCACUUUCCUGUGUUGAUGGCUAUUCAGUAAUCAUUAAUGAGUGUAUCUUGGUGAAUUCUACUUAUUGUACUUUGUUUGGCGAUUAAUGUGUCUCAUGCGAAUCGGAUUAAUAUGGAACAAAACGAUUGACUGUUAUGAAUAUGGCAUGUUAAGAAUGCCCAUUUUACUGUGAAUAUUGUUAAAUUAGAAAAGAUCCCAUAAAUUUAUUGAACCCCUAUUUCAAUUCUAGUCGAAUAUACUAGGGAUAUUAGUGUCUCCAGAAAGCAAAUAGAGCAUAUCUUUUUAUUGAUAAUUAUUACGGUCAUGUCCGACAAUGCAAUUCCACCAUUACUAAAUGUCAAACUUAAAUAUCGUUAGUAUUGUAUUUUCCAUAUCGUUUAGAUAAUUACCAACUUAGCCGACUUAAGAGAUUAUCUGUCCGUUAUUUAUGACACUCAAAUUGAAUUUAUGAUCUUAAAAGGGGUAAGCAUUCUAACAUUCCAAUUGGAUGUUUCCUAACACAUAGCCUUUGGUCCAUCCUUCCAUCUAAUGGAUAUCCUCACUAAUCAAUACGUAUUUCAAGUACUCACCUUACAAACAACUGAGAUCAUAUUUAAUGGACUCAACUUAAAUAACUAAUACUCACUUUCUUUUGGGUUGAUCUAAUUUAAAUAUAUGCAGAAAAUUAUCAUUCAAAACUUACAGCUCAACUUUUCUAUCUACCAUGACUCAAUCAUACAGACUGUCAAUAUAGAUCCCUUCCAAUUGUAUUUAAAUAAUGUGACCAUUAUGGACAGUUAUUUAAAACCAUAAUUAACGUAUAAUAUAAAUUUGACUGUUCCUAUUGGCAACCCAUUUGGAAGAGCCUAUCAAAUCCAAAUUCAGAAUCCUUAAGUCGUUUCAAUAAUUAAUGUAAUCAUCUCCAAUAUGAGUCUGCUCAACACCACUUUUAUUAAUCUAAUAAAUUCCAACAAUGUCGAUUUAGAUCAGAUCGUCAUCCAAAACCUAACUUUUCUUAAUUGUUCCUUUAUUAAUACAAACUUUUUGGCUCUCACUCAAAAUCUAUUAUACUAAAAUAUUUAAAUAAACAAUUUGAAUAUCAAGAAUAGUACAUUCAAUAAUGGGUCAAUAUUACACUUUAGUGAUUAUAACUUUAAGGGGAAUUUGAAAAUUUAGGAUUUGUCACUCAGUGAUUCGAUCUUUAUUAAUACUAUACUUUUCAUAUUGCCACAAUCAGAUUUGGUUGAUAUCAGCAGUGCUACCUUUGAGAAUUGCAAGUUUUAGAGCUCAUCAGGUUUUAGAAUUAGAUCCAGUUCCACUUUUCAAUAGUUUAGCAUAUCAAAUUGCGAUUUCAUAUACUCAUCCUUGAUAUCAUCCAAUAUCUAUGGUUCUAGUUAGACAUCGUUGAAAUUCAAUUAAAUGGUCUUUUCAGCAGUAACUCUUGAGUCGUCCUACCUGAUUGAAAUCAUAAGUGCUUAUAACAUAUAUUAUGUCGUUUCCAAUAUUGAUAUUAGAGGUAUUCUGGCAUCGAAUUCGAUGAGCAACACUCAAGAGAAGGUGUUUAAUUGUUAGGGCUAUUCCUUUAAAUUGAGUAAUGUCACCAUGCAUAGAUUCAGAGGUGUUGUUGAAUUUCAAUUAGAAAAUUUUCAAGUCCUGGAGUUGAAUCACAUAGUGGCUGAUUCAAACAUGGAUCAAACGGUUAGUCAAAUCUUUGAUAUCAGUGCUUCCACUUUGAUAAUUAAUGAUUUCAUAAUCAAGAAUCAGAAGUCAGAAGACUCAAUUUUCAUUUCUGUAUUGGAAGGGAUAAACAAUAGACAAAAUUACAAGAAAAUAAGUAAUCUCCAAGUAAUGAACAUACAAAUGAAAAAGAAACAAUACAAGUUGCCUUCCUCCAUAAUUCAAAUCGUUUCAUAAAUUGAGUAAUCAAUAUCAAUUUAGGAUUCAUACUUCGUGAAUAUUUGGCAGAAUUAAGAAUUACAAGAUCCAGAAAUCAGCACUGCUAGUCUCAUUGUUCUUAACGUACCAUAGAGUUCAGUAUUUAUUAAAAAUCUGAAAAUACUUGGUUGUCUCAUCUCAAAUGCAACUGACUCAUUAAUGUUAGUCAACUCCAAGACAUUAGACUUCCAAUUAUGCUUUACAAACAUGACAAAUAAUCUGGAAUCAUAUUUAGAAGCUAUGAAAAUUGAAGUAGGUAUAUCCUAAAUCCAGUAAAUGUCAUAUGGUGGUCUGGCCUACAUAUAAGUGCAAGAAUUAACGAUUCGAGACUCCUCAUUUUAUAACUCAAUCGGAUAUUAUGGGGGAGUCUUCUACAUAAUCACAAAAUUCAACGGUAUUGCCAAUAUUGUUGGAGUAAGAUUUGAAAACAUUUCGACAUUUAGAAGUCCUUUUGCCCAAGGAAUGGGAGGAUGCUUAUACAUUGAUUCUCAAUACUCUUACCUUCAAUUGAAUAUCAUUGAUGCAUACGUCACCAAUUCAAGUUCGAAUUACAUUGGAGGAUUCUUAUAUGUUAAACCAUCCAUUUAUUAAAAUGUCAUGAAUCUAAAAAAUCUUGAGUUCUUUAAUGUAUUCUCCUCUUAACAAUCUAUUAUCUCCUUUAUUUAAAUGUAUUCACAGUAAAACAACUCUACUAUCAAUUUACGAAAUGUUACAAUAAGAAAUGACAAGAAUUACUAUAAAAAUUAUUUAGAGUAUUAUGGCUUAACAAAUUCUGAGGAGCUAUAUGGUUUAAUUACUAUCUAAGGAAGUCAUGUAAGCAUUAGCAGAUUGAAUGCUGAAGGGUAUUUUUAUGAAUCAAUUUUGCAUGUUGAAUAUUCAAAAUCAUUUACAUUGUACAGGGCAAGUGUGUUCAAUUCCAUAUUUGAUGCAUAAACCUCAUUGAAGAUAUAAGAUAUAAGCUCAGACACACCGACAUAUAUUCAUAUUGACCAUUUAUCCCAUUUCAAUAUUUAAGGGAAAAACCGUCUACAAACAGCAAUAGUUUAAUUAAUCCUAUCUAACAAUUGCAUGUUGGCUUAGUUCGACGAUAUCAAUUUUUAUAAUAUAACUUGUAAGAACUGUUAAAGUGGGGUAUUAUCCUUAAGCACAGAUUCUAAGGAGAAAACUACAAAAAUUCGGUUUUAAUUUUUGACUCUAAACAGAAAUCUAUGUGGUUUAAAUGGAUGCUUUAAUCUCAUGUCUAAUUCAAGUGCCAAUGAUUAAGUAAUCAUAAUCAAGAAAAGUAAAUUUAUCAAUAAUAUUGCAAAUGAUGGAGGAUCAAUUUUUAUAAACAAUCUUCAGCUCUACAUUAAGUCAACAUUGUUUUUACAAAAUGAGGCUGAUAAUUCAGGAGGAGCAAUCUUUUAUUAGAGUCAAAAAGACAUCCAUGUUUAAGAUUGCUACUUCUACGAGAAUAAGGCAUCAACAGGAGGUGCAAUAUUUUUAGGAUCUAAUGCUCUUAUAUAGAAUUAGAGCAAACUUUAGUUCACAUAGAAUUCAGCAACAAGUUUCGCCGAUAAUUUGGCUGAGUAACCCAAUUUCUUGUAAUUAAUCAUUAAUAAUUAAGAAAUCUCUAACCUUAGAUAAAUUAUAGGUUAAACAGUAAUUGAUUAUCCCAUUUUAAAAUAAAAACUCUAUUUCCCAACUGGCAUCAAAUUAUCGUAAUAUGAAUUCUUCAACUAUACAUCCAAACUGUUUAGCUCAAUCGAAUACUCAAUUCAACUGAAAGCCUAUAAUCACAUAAAGGAAGAGAUUAUGUUUUUAGAUGACUCCAAAUGUCUAAUUGCCUAUGACAGCGAAUAAGCUAUUACUACAUUUGAAGAUGAUUCAUUAGCCUCAUAUUAGAUCAUAGUUUUUAAUUCAACAAAACAAUACUACGAUUUGAAUGAAUUAUUAAUAGUUCACAAUCCAUAUGAUGAUUAAAAAUCUAUUAUGCUUGACAUUAAGUGUGACUGUAUUACAGAUGACUAUCAUUUAAAAUUUUCAGUUGAAACAUUGAAAUGCCAAAUUGGUGAGUACUUUUAUGAGGGUGCUUGUUUAAGAUGCAACUCCGCUGCAGGAUAUUACUCAGUAGCAUAUAAUAGUACUUCAUGUAAGAGAAUUGAUAUUAAAUUGAUCAACCAAACCAAUGGAGCUAUGCUUCAAUUAUAGCCAUUUUAUUGGAGACCACAUUUAAGAUCUGAUCUAAUUGAGAGAUGCUAAAAGUAUCCAUCCAAAUGUUUGGGAGGGUGGUUUCCAGGAGAACUCUCUUGUUCAAUAGGCAGCAUUGGAGCACUUUGUGAAGAAUGUGAUAUCUAUAACAUUAGAGGAGACGGCUAUUUUAUGAACUCUGGGUAGACAAAAUGUAGUUUCUGUGGUCAUUUAAGUGUGUAAGUUAUGCUCUUAUUGAUUUCAUCAUUUUGGUAUAUUUGAUUUUCAUUUAUUAGGUCCUCCUUUUUGAUUAUUAUGACAGUCAAAAGUACUCAUAAUUCUCUUUAAAAACUUGCCUAAUUAAAAGUACUCUAUUUGAAAUAUCAAACCUUAUACACUUUUAGUUUGGAUUAGACCAGUAUAUUGAUUAAGAUGAGUAACAAUUACUUCUAAAUUUUGAUGGUAAUUAGUACCUUCUAGAUUGAUUUCUUUACGAAUCUUAGAAACACCUUAUAAUUUCUUGGAGAAGCCUCUAGUUUUGUGACUUAUCAAAUCGACUGCACAACGUCUCAAAUCACAGACACACCAAUUAUUUACAGUCAUUUCAUUUUGAUCCUCCUGAUUCCAUUCUUUAAUUUCGCCUUGUCUACUGCCAUCUAUUGCAUUUCAAUCAUGGCCAAGGUAUCUAGAUUUUCACAAACCUUUAUUUUUACUACCAUUAUCUACCUUUAUAUCUACAAUCAGCAAUCAAUUUUAAAUUGGUAUUUCCUUAUAUUAUUCUAUUAGGGGAACCUCCUUAAUUUCAAAAAGGAAGAUUUCUGGGGAUGACUACAUCUAAGCAUCUGUCUAUUAUUAUUAUGACACAGAAGAACAUGCGAAUUGGUUAUUCAAAUUUGUUAUCCCAAUCGUAGCCUUUCAGGGAAUAAUGAUCCCAUUAGUGUUGCUAUAUUAUCUAUAUUACCAUAAAGAGAACUUAUAUAAUAAAAGUGCAAGAAAGGUGUUAUCAUACUUGAUUAAUGAAUACAGUGAUGAGUCAUAUUAUUGGGAACUCAUUAAGAUUGCUUAUAAAUUGCUCAUCAUAGUGAUAAUCAACUUCUUGGAGUAGCAGAUCUUGAUCAAAGGCAUUCUAAUAUAUAUUAUCAUUAUCCUCUAUUAUCAAUCCAUCGCUAUUUUUAGACCGUACAGGCAAUCCUAAUUUAAUGUUUUGGAAUAAACGAUUUCCUAUUAUGUUUCAAUGACAAUAUUACUAUCUUUACUUUUAUACUAAAUUCAGAAGUUGGACAUAUUUUAUUUGGAAAUCUCCUUAAUCAUUUUGAUUCUUUACUUGAUCCUCAAAUUGAUCUUCUUGUUCAUUGAAAAGAUAUUCAUUGCUUUCUUCAAGAGAUUGGAUGAAUAGUUGGAUCCAAUUCGAGGAAUGAUAUUAAUGAGAUUCCCCAACAUUUGUAAAAUCUGUCCUUCUCUCAGAAACAUCUUAAAACUAAGGAAGCAAUAAAAAUAAAGGAUAUUGGAAAGAUUUUAUAAAAUUAAAAAUUAUUUGAAACUUAAAAUCAAUAGAUUUCCAGCUAAAGACUCGACUAGAGAUCAAGUAAAAGCUAAGGAUAGUAGAUCAAUGCUUUUCAUUUCCUAACAUCGAAACACCUUCACUAGUAUAGAGAAAAUUAUAAUGACCCAAGGAAAUGAAACAGCACCAUUAAAAUGA